AUGUCGACCUCAGGGCCAUCAGCUGACAACGCGGCUACAAUCUCCAUCCCUUCUUCCCUCACCAGCUCCUCGACCUCCUUACCACCCCCGACCUCUCAAGCUCUCAUUCAACACCUCCGACAGACGGGCGCUAUACCCGACCUCAGCGCCCUCCUGGCAGACAGCCUCGCCCGGACGGGCUGGACAGACCGCGUCCGCGCAUUGGCGCUCGAGUUACUCAGGAAUGGCUCAUGCGACACUUUCCCAGAGCUGAUGAGCGAAGUUAUGCGACGGGCGAAGAUGCCCAAGGACGGCAAGAACCAGGCCGGGGAGAAGGAAAGCAAAGAUGCCAAGACGAAUGGCACGAGUACACCUACGACGACGACAAUAACUGGACCUGGAGCUGGAGGCGCAGCUGCUGCGGCAGCCUUGAAUGGCGGAGGGGUGAACAACAACGCCAUUGCACUGUCAAAAGAAUGGUCGGGCGGCCCAGAUGGACUACCAGAUGUAAGGAUCCCGGAGGUCACUGUUGAGCUGGGAGUGGAAUUUUUGAAAGAAAAAAUCAAGGAUGUUGUCGAGCCGAUCAACGACGACAGUGACUGA